AUGAAAGCCUUAGCGUGUCUUUCCAUGACACUAAUCGCGCUCCCCGCCCGCGCUCUCGCGGGGCCGGACGACCAUGUCGAAAGAUCUGUAGUCGCCCUGGACUCUGUCCUGGGCUCUACUGCCGCGGUUUGGUCGGACGGUAAAGAACCGCCCGAUACUAUCGACGAUAGUUUGCCCACAACCCACGAAAGCGACGCCACUCCUCCUUCAGCCCCUGUCCCGGCUCCGGGUUUGGACGUCCUGGCCCCCAUCAUCGAUGCCUCAGACCCUGGCACUGAUGCCGCUGCCGUCGUCAAUCCUGGGGUCGACUUUCUCGAUUCAGACUCGGAUUCAUUCACGUUCGGCGUCCCCGUUCCGUCCGUCACCGAGUGGUACUCCCGGGUCGACGCAACCUCGUUUGUGUUGGUCUCUAGCCAGGUGCCCGACUACAAGACCAUCUCGAUCAGCGCUACCGACGCCGCCCAGGCCAGCCGGAUCUGGGAGUGGAUAUCCGCCAGCACCGGCUCGGCGGUUCCCACGGAGGCCUGUGAAUCUUCAUCGUUUUUACCAGAGACGCUCAGUCCCGAGGGUAGCUUCGACCCCGUUCCCGCACCGGCUUCGGCCGAUAUUAUCGGCAGCUUCGAUCCUACCGUUGAUCCCGUCCCCACCAGCACCCCAGCCAGUUCCGAUCCGGUAGUUGCUCCCUCCUUUUCCGACGUGGUGGGGACUGUUGAUCCUACCUUAGCGUCGAGCUUCUAUGAUGAACCGGAACCUACGACCAAGCCGGUGGUGUCGUACACCAAGGCCCCGGCUCCGACUGUUGUCGCCGGUGCUGGAAGAUCUAGGAGCGUUGGAGGAUUGGCGGCGGUGUUGGUGGCUGGAUUGCUGGGUGCCAUUCUCCCGAUGUAG